AUGUCGUCCGGAAUUCGCGAUAAACUGUACCUACCAGUUGUCGGCACCCAGCUCGUGGGCAUGCUAAUCCUCGACCUCGUCCCCUUCUACCCCAAGUUCCUCUGGCAAAGCCCCUCGUCCCUUCUCCAUCCCCUAGUCUCCCUCCGCAAAUGGUGGACAAUCCAAUCCGGCGACCCUUAUUUUGCGUCCUGCACCCACGAGCCCUGGUUCGAAGCCUUUCUUUACGUCGAGCUGCUGGUGCAGCUGCCACUGACGGCGUAUCUUGCCUACAAGCUUGGCUCGAUGAAGCCCACCUCUGGCGCCACUGAAUUGGCCGCUUUGGCCUACGCGUGCGUGACGUUUAUGGGAGCCACGGCAUGUGCCUAUGAUAUCUGGCACAUGGGCGCGGACAAGGUCAGCGUCGAGCAUAAACCACGGCUGUUUUGGGGCACAUAUCUCCCCUUUGCGGUUAUUCCCGCGUUGAUGGCCGUGGACAUGUAUCUCAGGCUGCUGGCGAGGGUCCAAGAUCCGCGUCCAACCAAAAAGAUCUAA